AGUUUAAGGAGCAGAAAGGGACUUAACCAAUUAAAGAGCCACACGAAGAGGUAAUGACGGUCUGUUACAAAUGCUAUGAAGAAAAAUACAGCACAAGCAUUCUUCACCUCUGCUGUUGAUGAAAUUUUGAACACACAUAAGAAUUGAAAGAAAAGUAUAAGAAUUGAAAGAAAAGCUGGCUCAGUGGCUCAUGUUGUAUUCCCAGUGCUUUUGGGAGGCCACGGCAGGAGGAUUACUUGAGGCCAGGAGCUAUGAUCAUGCCACUGCUCUCCAGCCUGAGGGGCAGAGCAAAACCCCAUCUCUAAAAAAAAGCCGACUGUAAGCUCCCUGUGGACAAGGCCUGCUCCGUUCAACGCUCGAUCUCCAGCUCCUGACACACGACGCGCUAGGUGCUCAGUCACUAAUGGUCUCGCGAAGGAGUGAUCAGUGAGUGAAGCAGGGGCUGCUGCAUGGGAAAGGUGAGCGGGCUGGAAAUGGGUAGUCCCCGCGGCGUCUCCCAGCCGGGCUCCUCCCGAGGAGGAAGGAAGGAGAGACCCCACCCCGGGUGUAGUCGAGGGGCCAGGAGGGAGGAGGGGAGGGUCGCUCCACCCUGGAGCGGGAAUGCGCCAGGGCAGGUGGCGGUUUCCAGGCAACGACCGAACACAGACGCGAACUGGACGCUGGGGCCGAGCAACCUGAAGCCGGCAGACUCCGACUGGGCCCCUGGGCGGGCGGGACGGACCGCGGCCAAGGAGGGGGCGCUGGACGGGGGAGGCAUGGAGGACGACGAGGAGGAGACCACCGCGUCCACGCUGCGGGGCAAGCCCAGGCAGCCGCCCGUCUCGGCGCAGUCCGCCUUCAGCUACAUCCCGCCGCGGCGCCUGGACCCCAAAGAGCACAGCUACUACUACCGCCCGGCGCGGACAGGAAUUAUUUCCCUCUAUGAUUGUGUUUUUAAGAGGCGCCUAGAUUAUGAUCAGAAGUUGCACCGAGAUGACAGAGAACAUGCAAAAAGUCUGGGACUUCGUGUUAAUGAAGAGGAACAGGAGAGGCGGGUUGGAGUGCUGACGUCUUCUGUCUAUGGGAAGCGCAUCAAUCAGCCCAUUGAGCCCCUAAACCGGGACUUUGGCCACGCCAACCACGUGCAGGCUGACUUCUACAGGAAGAACGACAUCCCCAGCCUCAAGGAACCCGGCUUUGGGCACAUUGCUCCAGCCUGAAGCAUCCCUGUGGCCCACAGGGCAUGUCAUGAUACCCUGUGGGCUGGCAAGGUUGCAUGGAGAGAAAGUGGCGUCUGGAGCCUGCUUUCCCCUUCUCAUGACACCUAGGAGCUUGGCUAUGCCUGUGUUGCAUCUCUACAGUGGGACACAUGAACACUUUAGCAGCCUCCCUCAGGUUGCUGGGGUUAGGAGCCUGACCAACAACACCUUUGGUACAUGUGAAGAGUCUCUGAUGUGAUGAUUUUCAACUGGAAUUAUUUUUGAUCAAAUGAAUCUGAAGACCGAUUCAUUGUGAGCACCUGAAUAAAAUGAAAACUUUGUUUCCCCUCGGUAA